UCAGACACAGGAAGUGAAGUGAACCACACAUUGUAUACUGUGACAUGUAGCGCACACACACACAAAAAAAAAACACAUACACACACAGGUGUCUUACAGAUGUACAUAGCUGGUUCCUCCAGUGUCCACCAUGAAAGCUGACGGCUGCCGGACCUUCCUUCUUGUGUUGAUCUUAGCAGUUCUUGUCUUCACUUUGGAUGGUGGAGACUCUGAAGAUGAAGAAUGCACCACAGAAUUUAAAGUUCGCCGCAACACAGUUUACAAGGCUUUAGUUGGACAAGAACUCAGGAUUAACUGCACAAUUGUCUUCUGCAACAGUUCAACAACAGUCUCCUGGUAUAAAUUUGAGGGAACAUAUUUCCCUGUUGAUGUCAGCAGCAGCAGUCACAUUAAAACAGAGUGGAAGAUGUUAAAGGAGCUGGAAGGGAUAUCAUUUUUGGUCUUCCCAAAUAUUCUCAGAAGCGACUCAGGUAAUUAUCAGUGUCGCAGUGGAAGAGAUGUGAGUCAUAUCAUCAAUGUUACCGUCUAUGGUGAUGUUGAGCUCUCCACGGUUACACCGACAACUCAAGAUUCAGUUAACACAGCAGCUGUGGACAUUUUCUGGCCAUUUGUGUACCGCACUGUUGGGCUCAUGGUGCUUGUCAUCAUAGGGAUAUCUAUCUGGAUCAUACCAAAGCGAGCAUGUAAAGGAAAAUCUCAGAGCACAACAGAUCCGAGUCUCCAGCCUCAGCAUCACAUCUAUGAAAAUGAUCUGUAAUCUUUUGUCUGUGCUGCGAAAUCAUCCUGCUAAGCCCAAUUAAGGACAUUAGAGCAAUGAUUUUAGAGUUUAUUUAAGACAUUUUAACUGCUGUAUGUGUCAGAUGAGUAGCUAGACUUUGCUGUUAUUGUGCCUUGUAAUUCAAUGUAAUACGCAUAUAAAUGAUUGAUUGGGUUCUAUUGACUUUAAAAUGAUCAAAUCAGCUCAACAAAAUAAUUUUUUCAUCAGUGUUUCACCGUUGCCUGUGUGUCUGUUAGUGUUGACUCGAUUUUGUGCUUGUGUUUUCCUGUAAAUCAAACCGUUGCAACACAGAAGUGAAAUUUCUCACCUGGAAACCAUUGUUGGAAUCCUACUGUGUACGUGCAAAAUGUGUCACAAGUGAAUAAUUUAGUUUCCUACAAGUGAAAAUUGUCAUGCACACACACAUCUGGUGGAAAUCUCACUAUGAAAUGUGAUUGUCUUUAUUACUGUGUGUAUCUGUUUGCAUCUGUGUUGUUUAUGCUCUGUUGGUGCAGAUUAAAAGGAUUCUCUUCUCAA